CCGCAGUGACCUGCAAGUGCCACCAGUCCAGCCCUGUCCUCGCGUCCAAUGUCUCGCCUCGCGCUGCUCAUCCUCACCGCGCUCAUAGCCACCGCUGCCAUCGCGCAGACGCUACUCAACUGCGGCGCAUCGCAGUACAAUCCCGUCGAUAUGACCUGCUACGAUGGCAACUUCCUCUGCCCCAUUCUCGACCCGCAGGGAGACAGCGACGCGGAUGUCCUGCUCCGAUGCGGGGACACAUGCAACCAGACGACGCUCGUGCCUUUCAAUGCCACGUUCGGGGCCUCGAACCCCUUGGAGCAGUGCGGCGAUGCGCAGUUCCAUCCUGAAGAUUAUGUUUGCAUCGACCAAAACUUCCUCUGCCCUAUCGUCGAUCGCGUAGGAUACCUCCGCUGCGGAGCCGCGUGUUACUCGCCGUGGCAGUACAAAUGCACCAACGAUGCGCUCGUGCCCCUCCCACCGCAAGGAUGCAUUCCGGACUUCGGGAUCAAUGUGUUCUGCAACAAUGAAGGCUGCUUCCUUCUCGAGUGUUGCCCGGGACUGCUAUCGAUUGCAGACCGUUGUCGCAAGGAGUGUGCCAAUGGGCCGUGUUGAAGACAGAGGGGUCAUAUGA